UUGAAAAUUUUAGUAAAUCGGGAAUUAUCGUCUGCAAUGGAUUCUUACUUUUCUAAAUCAAUUUGUGAACAUACGUCUGUUGGGGCUUCGCCAAUAUUAUGUCAUUUGUUCAUUGUUUUUCAAUCCGACCGUGAUAAUUGCAGAAAAUCGUCUUCAGUUUGACGAAUUACACUUGAGUUUUGUUGUUGUCUAGAAAACGACGACUCUGGAGACAUCUUGUGAGUGAUAAGUCACUGUCGAUAGUUGUCCGAUUUUGGUGUUCAGGUGAAAAGUUUUCAUAUUAAUUCAGCUGCUGAUUCUGGAGUCCUAAAAAUGGACGUGUCAUGGGACGCAGAUAACUUCGAGCCCAAACUCCCGACCACGUUGGCAGCUUCCAACAAAUGGGAAGGGGAAGACGAGGAUGAUAACGUAAAGGAAAGCUGGGAGGAUGAGGAGGAGGAAAAGAAAGACGAAGAAAAGACUGAGGCAGCGCCACCUCCACAACCGAAACCUAAAAAGAAAAUACACGAUAAAAUAGCCGAAAGAGAGCGACAAGAACGUGAGAAGGCUGAACGUCUCGUGACAGAGAAGACUGCAGAAGAAAUGACUCCAGAACAGAAGUUGGCUGAGAAACUUCGCCAGCAGAAGCUACAGGAAGAAUCAGAUUUGCGACUAGCCAUGGAAACCUUUGGUGUAACAGAAGGUAACAUUGGUAAACUUGACAAUUUCCACCCAACUACAAAAGAAGAGUACACAGAGUUUGCUGAUCUCCUUACAAAGAAGAUCACUUUCUAUAAAGCCAAGGAUGAAUUUCCAGGAUUCAUUGAUGACCUAGUCAAGAAUAUUUUAGUCCAGAUGUCAUCAGCGGAUAUCCGACGAAUAAAAUUGACUGUCGAUAAUCUAUAUAUUGAAAAACAGAAGGCAGAAAAGAAUGAUAAAACUAAAAAGGCCACAAAGGGCAAGGGCAAGGCCAAGUUAAAACUUGAAGGGGACAAUGCUCAUCUCAAUCAAUACGAAUCAUAUGGGAAUUUCGAUGACGACUACGAUGAUUUCAUUUAAAUAAAGCCAACAAGGAACUUAUACACAAAUUUGAUGUCCGAAUUCAUUGAAUUUUCAACUUCAUUUACUAUAUAAAAAAAAAAUACUUUCCUAUAUAUAUAUAUAUAUAAAUGUUUUUUGUAGAAUGAUAUUGCGUUAGUCUGUUUUCUUGUAAUCUCGUUUUAUUUAUUGUCGGUAAUCGAUUUGGCAUUGGCCAAAAUCGAUAUUGCCGAUAACAACAAUCGAUUUACGUAAUUCGGACAUCAGGUAAGAAAAUAAUCAUAGCAUUGUGUUACGCUAACGGUAAUGGUAAUGGUGUUGCUAUGAUAAAGUUUUAAACAUCCGGUUGGAAUGCUUAAAUUAUCGAUUACGUAAUACAUAGAGUAUCUUUGGUGACAUAAAAUCGAACUGAAUUGUAAGUAAUCGGGCUGUUACCUUAAUCCAUUGUUGUUACUUCUAUAAACUAAUCUACACAAUUUAGCAAUCCAACUCGAUAAAUAUAUAAUAUGCCAUUGUAAAGCAUAUAAACAUACUAUAUAUAUGUAAUGUACAGUUUCAUUGAACGAUUAUUGGUCCGAUGUUAUAUAUAGAGAAUAAAUUUUUUUAUUGUGAUAUUA